AUGUCUCACCUCCAGUACUACAACUACCCUGGCUUUGGCGAGUGGGCAAGUGUGAACCUUGGAUAUAGUCAGGCUGUGAGAGUCGGCGACCGAAUCGAAUGCUCUGGUCAAGGCGGCGUGAAGGCCAUAGAAUCCGACCCUGUUUCCCUUGAAGACGCCUUCCCCGUCGACAUCAAGGCGGAGAUCGAGCAGGCAUUUCGCAACGUCGACCUAGCAUUGAAGACGGCUGGUGGCAAGGGAUGGUCGCAGGUCUUUCGCGUCACCUCGUACCACACCGAUCUCACCAACGAGGUCACCGCUCUCAUGGGCGAGAACUUCAAGAAGUGGAUGCCAGACCAUCAGCCGAUCUGGACUGAGAUCGGAGUGGCCAAACUUGGCGCUGAGGGGAUGAACGUUGAGAUUGAGGUCGUGGCACAUGACCCCGAGGGAGCAGUGAAAGCGAAGGAGUAA